AUGAGGGUGGGAGCUGCAGCCCUGUCUGGGGGCAUUUUUGGGGUAAUAGGGACUCUGUGUUUCUUCCUGGCAUUUGGUACUGACUACUGGCUGGUCGCAAGCGACAACUGCGGACCAUAUAGAUGGCCAACACAAACGACACCGAUGGGAGACAAAGAUGCCAACAGGACUGAGAUGCUGUUGGUGGAAGAAGGGAGUACCUCCCCUCCUUCCCUCACGCUGCACCACGAGGGCUUUUUCUGGCGCUGUGCGUUUCAGGUGGAGCCCACGACGCACGCAGUCCUGGCCACUCUCUUCACAAACCAGCCAGAGUCUAAGGUUUGCAUCCACGGUUACCUCUUCCCGCUACCGGUUGCAGUUGGACAAGUCCCUCAUCCAAAUUAUGACCCCACAGCAGUGUUUCGGGGCUUCUGGACCGUGCUGAUAAUCCUCGGACUCGUCUUAGCUCUGACUGGAGGCUUCCUCUUGGUCUGUGGCGUUCCUUUCAUCAGCUACAAACUCUACAAGUUGGGCGGGGCCUUCCUCUUAGCUGCUGCCUGCCUGUUCCUGUUCACGAUUCUGCUCUACGUGCUGUGGAUGGAGGUGGUGGAUGUGAAGAGCUACAUCCUUCAGGAGAGAGGGGAAACAUGUCCGAACGCUGAGGUUUCAGUCCUCUACGGCCUGUCAUUCAUGGUGGCGGCUGCCGGAGUGCCCCUGGAGCUCAUCUCUGGUUUGGUCUUCUUGCUGGUGGGCCGUGCAAUUCAUGCCAGCAAGUGA